GAUGCAGCCAGUAGCUCAUGAGCGCUCGUGAAGCGAGCAUUGAGACGUUUCUCUUCGGAGCGGGGGCGAGGAUGUCAGUUCGUGUGAUCGACGAGCGACUGUGAGAGGAGAGGGCCUGCAUACAAGUCUUAUUAAAGAGUCUUCGUUUACACGCGCGUGCACACGUCGUCAGUAUCAUCCGGAGGCACAUCGUCGGGAGACGGCGGGGCGAGAGAUAAGGAAAAGCGAGAGGAAGUCCCCGCGCGCGCACACAUCACGCGAGCGACGGAAGGAUAACGAUUUGACCCGCGGCGCGCCUCAUCGCUGCUUCGGCGCGAGCACGUGGAUGCGUAUAAUACGACGAAUAUACGUACGGCAGUUACACGGAGUCGUCGUCGCCGCGUCUCUCGCGCGCACAGAUAAGCCACGGCAGAGCAGAGGAGGUGGAGGAGACGUGUCGUGCGUUAUAGUGCCGAGCGAGAGAUUAAGCCGACCACGCUUGGAGGGAUCGCGCCACGACGCAUCCCGCAUCCAUCCACAGUCGAGUCGCGUUCACGGAGGAGACUUGUUACGUCGUUGCUUUACGUCCUGCUAAUUUUUUUUUUCCGCCCGUCGACAAGCGUUAAUACGCGCGACAGGCAGACACUCUAAAAUCCUUCGGAUUCGCAUAUCUCGAGUUUCGUCCCCGCGGAAAGCGAGCACUAUAUACUUCGGUUCUUCUUUCCACGGAUUAGUGUCCACGGAGAAACAUCUCGCGCGCGGCGAGAUCAUAUUCGCGGAUUCGUAUUCCCAGCGAAGGUGCGUCGAAUUUGAGUGUAGAGAACCCGACCGAGGGGGAUCGACUCGCGACUGUAGUGAUCGAUCUUAGCGAGUAUAGCGAGAAAGAGUGGAGCGACGAGAAAUAAAUCCACGAGUCAUUUUCGCCGGUGAAACGCGCGCGGGAUUGUGAUGCGAGUCGCCGACUUGACGUCGUUGUUCAAUUGAAGUGAAGUGUUAACGUGGAGUUCGCUCGGAAGCGGCCCGAAAAUGCUGCCGACGCAACAAGAGAAUACACCCUCGAGUUCCUCGGGGGUGUCCAUCAAGUUUGGAUCGUAUCUUGUGAAUGAGGAUUCUCCCACGCCGUAUUCGGAUGCCACGCGGACGAAGAAGAACAAUCCUAACCGCAUCAAGAGACCUAUGAACGCGUUCAUGGUCUGGUCGCAGAUACAGCGCAAAGAGAUCUGCCAGAAUCAGCCGGAUUUGCAUAAUGCCGAAAUCAGUAAAAGACUAGGUAAAAGAUGGAAGUUGCUAUCGGAGUCGGAGAAAAAGGUCUAUCGAGACGAAGCCGAGGUACUCAGGCAGUUCCAUCAGAAGGAGUAUCCAAAUUACAAAUACCGACCUAGGAAGAAGACCUCGAAACCUGCUGAGACCGCGAAGGCGAAAGAGAGGAAGAGACCGCGGAAAUCGGUGUCUUUAUCGUCGCUGUCGCCCUCCCCGUCGCCGUCGUCGUCGAUGCUGUCGACGCCGUCGAACAGUCCGACCUCCCCGAUGCUGGCCGGCUCGUCCCUGUCACCGCUGUCGCCGAUCUCCGCGGCACCCGCUGCUAGUCACGCCGCCAGGACCAGAAAUGAUAACAAUAACAAUACCCAACAGCAGAUGCUGAAGAAACCGAUAAAAAGGCUCCACGCUCAGUCGAGCCACGUCAAAUCGAUGUCCAGGUCGCACGGCAAACCCAUCGAGCUAACUCUGGCGACCCUGAAGUGCCUGGAGACCCAGGAAACGUCACGCCACAAUCCGCUGCACUCCGAUCUACCGGAGUUCCACGCGACGCCCCUGACAGCCGCCGCCAAGGUGCCCACCAGUCCGACCUGCGACACCCCCGACUCGCCCGAGUCCGCCUUCUACGAGGAGAGCUACAACGCCGAGAACGUUACGUCCAGCAGCAACGCGAUCUGCAACGUCGCUCUCGCCGAGAUCAAGCAAGAGCAGUUGGAGCCGAAGUUGGAGCCGAAGGUGGAACCCAAGUCGGAAUUGGAUCAGAGCUUCACCUCGGAGGACAUGAUCCUGGACCAGUCCAUGGACCUGCCGCCGAUGAUGCGGACGGACAAUCGCGGUUACUGCCACACGAAUCUGAACGGCCCCGCCGUUCGGCAGAUGCAGGCGAGUUUCAACGUGAAGCGGGAACCGUCGCAGCCCAUGAUGGUGAACGCCGUCGCCCCGACGACGAUGCUCACGUCGCAGCUGCCCAUCAUGCCGUCCGUCCCCACGACGACGACGACGAUGACGGGCACCACGGGAAUCAUCGUCGAGGACUCGCUCCUCGCGGACGAGAACCUCAUCUCCAACAUCGGCCACCCGGUGGAAGUCGAGGAGCUCAUGGACAACUUCGUUUCCGUUAUCGAUAGCGACCUGGGGCAGGACAUCAUGCAGGAUGAGAUGAUGUCCUGCGACAUAAAUGGGGAGGAGUUGGACUUCCCUCAGGUGAUAGAGUUCAGUCGCAGCGAUGAAAUUAUGUACUCCCUACUCGAACAAACUAACAACUGGAACGGGUCCUAUUGAGAAGAG